CGCUUGCAGAGGCGCUGUACAGUCAAACACAGACAGCGCCACUGAAACACGGCAACGUACAAGGAGAAUGCGUAGUGUAAUAUAACAAGUAUGUCAACGUUGACAGUAAAAGAACAAAGUGGCUGUAAACAACUGUUGAAAUUGUUAUCCAAUGAUGACUUGUUGGCUCUUAAAGAUACAGUAACAAAUCGACUGAUCGAUGUAGAAGGUACAGAAGAAGCCAUUGAGGCCAUCAUAACUUACUCCCAGGAUGCCGAAGAGCUACUAAAGAGAAAAAAGGUCCAUCGUGAUGUCAUUUUUAAGUAUCUUGCCAUUGAAGGGGUUGCCAUGCUACCGAACGCUGAUAAACAUCAGUUGAUCAGGAGGACCCUUGAGUUUUGGUCAUCUGGUGAGGUGAGUGGGAAGAGCACAACUGUUUCUUCGCAUAACAUUGGGGAUGGUCUAUCAGAUGUCACAGCUUUGGGAAAACAGUUUUGCCAAUGGUUUUUCAGCAUUCUCAACUCUCAGAACCCCACAUAUGGCGAGCCGGUGCAGGAGUGGGGUCCUCAGCAUUUCUGGCUAGAUGUGAGAUUGCGGCUUCUGUUAUGCACCGGAGAGCAGCGUUUAGACGAGUUUAAUGGAGCAGAACUGGUUAGUCAGCGGCUUCAUGCUCUUGUAGGACAAGAACGUCUGUUGUUCUGCCCAAACCUGGAGGGUCAUGGGUUGAAGUGUAUUUCUUCACCUCAUGGAUUGGUGUUAGUGGCAGUAGCAGGAACCAUCCACCGUGACAAUGCCUGUCUUGGGAUUUUUGAGCAGGUGUUUGGGCUCAUUCGUUCACCGCUGGACAAUAAUCACUGGAAGAUAAAGUUUGUAAAUGUGAAAGUAGAACCACAAAGUGGCAUCACAGACAGAGAUUUACCAAUAAUUACAUAUGAUUCAAAUCAGUUGCUAAGCCUUUGCGAUUGAGAAUCACAGAACGACAUGUUGUCUUGUGGUCAUGUUUUAAAUUGAGAAUAUACCAACAGUUAUACAGUAGGUGAUAUUUUGUUCCAUGGGCUAUUUCUUUAGAUCGAUUUAAAUGUAAAAUGUAUGAAAGUUUGAUUCAAUUUAACCAUAUUACGCCCAGUGAGUUUGGCCCUACACAAAGUCUAAAACAAAGAAAUAUAUAUAUAUAAACAUAUUUUAUUAAACAGACACACUGACAGUUUUUUUUCUGUACCAGUAAAAGUCUUUUAUUUUAUUUUUAUUUUUUAGGAACACUGAGAGUGUUAUUUUAUGUUAUUUCCUGUAAAUUUUUUGUGUUAGGGGAUUUUUAGAUUUUCCUCUACAUAUAGGCAAAUUUUUUUAUACUGUAGAAAUCUACCAAAUGAAAAAGUGUUGGUCUUUUCUUAAGAAUCAUGUGUCAUAUAUUUUAUUGAUUUUGCUUAUAGAAUUUUCCACCUGAAUACAAUAGUGAAUACUGUUGAAACUGUUCUUAAACUUAUUUUUUUACCUUUUUUAUGGUCUAAAAUCAAUGGCUGUGUCUCAACCCUCUCCCUAGCUCCCGAGGUCGUGAAUCAGUAUAUCGUGUAUGCAUAUUUGGGCACUGGUAAGAACUCUAGCUCACUUCACAUUGGGACACUGUUCACUUAUUUUUUUUCUGUGACGUGACUGCUUAAUCUUGUCUGUUUAUUUACAGCUGUUUUUCAUCAACAACCGGCAAAACCAACAUCUCUCUGACUUAAUUAUGAAAAACACUCAUUAUUCUCUUACAUAUCUGUGCAUAAAUUUAGAGGAAUAUUACAUUUAAAUAUUAAGUAGAUUGUGGUCCCUUCCUGUCUAGCAAUGUGAUUUAUAUUAAAACUAAAGCAAACGAUUUUCAGUUGGAGAGCUUCAAAAAAGGUCACCUGAUUUCCGGUAAGGGAACAUACCAAUUUUGCGAUUAAGACCGCCAUUAAAGCAACACUAAAGACUUUUUGCUCUUUGCUCCCCCUACAGGUUGAAAGCGGAAUUGUCCAUUACCACUAUCAUAAAUAAUUUAGCCUACUGCAGCAAAGCUGGCUCUGAUUGGAUAGUAGGUCUGCCGUAAAGCAAGUUUUUGUAGUUUUCACUCAAACUACAGGACCACGACCCGACGGUUGGAAACUUCUUUAGUGCGGUUUUGGCCGAUAGAGGGCUGCAAAGCGAAUGUGAAAGUGCCGUUUACCCUGUUUCGAGUGGAUGAAAGACUGAAACUUUUUAAGGUAAAAAAAAAACUCUUUAGUGUUGCUUUAAAAUGGCAGACUCCCCGAUCAGUGCCCUGACUACGAACAAGGAAGCUGAUUGAAACACAGCCAAUGAUUCUCUACCUUUUUUGUGGUUUUCAUUUUGCAAGAAUCCUCUUUACCUCCAUUAAUGUUUAACAUUUUACUAAAAAAAUUCAAAACUA